CGUCGAUUUUCUCAGGCUGGCAUUGAUCCUGCAGAAGCCGAUUUGACGACGGGGGUACGGCGUCAAUUACGAUCUAACUCGAGUUCCUCAGUAAUCAACCUGGCCGAGGCUCUUCUUGGAAUGUCUUUUAGCAUCACAGCUUCAUGCCCGAGGGCGACUGCUCGUCAGUUCCUCGUGGCCUCAAGAGCCUUUUCCACUUCGGCUCAUGCUCUCGAACAAGUUCCUCCCGAGUCUCCCUCAUAUAUCCGCUUGCCUACACCACCCCAGUCCGAAGAGAAAAAGCUCCCCCGGGUCAGAGGCCACCUCCCCGUACCUCGAGAGAUCUUCCCUCGUAUGGAGGGUGACCGCAAGAUUCGAGCCGAUUAUAUCAAGCAAACCGUUCCUAAGCCGGCCCACAAACAAAAACCCAAGAACGAGACGCAAGAAUGGAAGCAAGCAAUGGCCAACUCCCGUCGGCAGAACCUGGAAACUGGUUUGAAGGAACUUUGGGUACGAAGGAACCGUCGUGACGCUGCUCAGAACGAGCGCGUGAGCCACAAGUUUCUCGAGAACCACCGGGCUGUUAAAGCCCCAGAGCGAGAGGACGAUCGCCUUACCCGAAGCACAGUGCUGAAGGCAGUUUUGGACACCAAGACAUACCCUGACCCUGGACGCUUCGCUCGUGCCAAAGAAAGCCGCGUCAAAGUCAAGGCUAUUGAGGAAGCUAAGCGCGAGGCUCGCCGCGAUGCGUUGAUGGAGCUCUACAUCAAUGCCUCCAACUUUAUUGUCAACGAGAGUGAGCUCAAGGAAGAGAUUGAGACCAUAUUUGCCGAAGACUUCUUCCACAAGCAAGGCUUCGACAUCGGCCGAUAUGGUUCAGCCCAGAACACAUGGGACGUCUGGGGCAAGCCAACAUCGAUUGGCAACAUGUUGGAAACCACAACAGGAGUAUCAACCAAGAUUAUGGACUUUUACGAAACCGAGUACGACCGCUCCGUCAAGCGACAGAAGAGAAUUGCGGAGGAGUUCACUGGUGGAAAGAUGGAAUAGAUCAUGCCUUUGAGCUUGUAAAAAUAACUUGUACUCAUGUAUCACUGUAACUAUGACAAAUAUCACGUCUUCGAGCGGCCUACCACGGACUCAUAUGUGCGUCCAAAAUGUCCUUCAAAAUGCGAUUCUACAUAUAUUGUGAGACUUGGUACAAUAACCCAUGAAAGAACAAGAACGAGCCCCCAUUCAACCAAA